AUGGUUCCUCAAUACCUAAAAGAAGACAUGUGCAAAAGGUUUUUGAAGUUGAAAGAAAUCGAAAAUCGAUUUGGCAUUGGCCCCUCGAUCCUCUUCUUCAUAGUGGACAUCUUCCUAUCAAUUCCGCUCGGUCCACUUCUCGUUCCAUUCGAUUCUCAUGAUGUGGAGAGGCUCUCGCUGGUUAUUCUCGGCACCAUCUGGAUGACUUCGAAAUUCAGAAGAACGAUGGCAGCUGUAGUUCCUAAGCUCGAGACGUAUUCUCCGCGCGGCCCUUGCAAAUUCGAAGAAACUUAUUUUUGGACAGAAAGUGUUCUUCUAUCGCCCGAUGAAGAAAUCACGGAAGAUGCUGCUUCCUCAGCUGAGAAUCAAGAAGAUGGUUAA